UUAAAAAAUCUGUCAUAUUUGAAAUCUUAAGUUAAACGUUUGGAGUAAGAAAUACACAAUUAUAUAGCUCUCCACAUAUAUAUAAAUAUAUAUAUAUAUAGGUACACAUUGCUCUUUGUAGCUAGUAACCGUGUAUAUAUGUUUCUGCAAAUAGACUUAGGGAAAGGACAUGGCUCGUCUGGUCUUUAAUGAAAAGGAACAAAAUUCCUAUGAUCCCAAGAAGUAUAAGAUAGUUCACAAGAAUCAUUGGCGGCAGGUGAGUCUGCGAUUGGAGCCCACGCAGAAAAAAUGGUGGGAGGAUCCAGAUGUUAUUGUUGCCUUCAAUUUACCGCGCAUCAGCGCCCGGCUGGAGCGCCUCAUGGGCACCAAUGUGGUCAAGCUGACUGACCGCGCCUAUAUGAAGCAGCUGCGAGAACGCAUCGACGAGGACUACCGCAAGCAGCUACUCGCCCGGAUUCGAGCGCGUGAGUUAAGAGAAGUGGAACGUGAACGCAUGCUGAUUAUCGAAGGUAAAUCGGAUAUAAUACCCGAGGAGCUGGCCAACGAUCCCAUCUUUAUGGUCAACAAAGAUGCCAACAUGGAGAUACAAAAGGAACGCGCGAAGCUGAAAACGAGUCGAGAGAAGAAUGCGGAACGUUUGAAGGUGCAGGGCGUCAAGUGGGAGCGAGAGAGGCUGCAGCAUGCGGCCCAGGAGGCCGAGCAGCUGGCCAAGAAGCACGAGCGACAGCGCCAGCAGAAGCUCCUCGUCGAGCAGUACCGAGUGGAGGAUGCGGAGCGAGGCAUGGACCUGCUGCGCAUUGACAACGAGGACUGGCGUGAUUGCGAACAGAAUCUGAAGGAGUUCCUUGAAACGGAGCGAGCCAAAAUGAAGGAACGUUCGUUGCGUGUGCCCAUGCCGUUCACAUCGGAUCCGAAGGAUAUUCUCAAUAUCGUUCGCGCCCGCCAAAAGUUCCGGGAGACAGAGCUGCGCAUACGCCACCAACUAGAUGCGGAUAAGAAGGAGCAGGCGACAACGGUGGCACCCAGCAGCGAUGGGGAUGGCUUCUUCAUGGAAGAGAUGGGCUUGGACAGCAUCGAGAUGCCGCAUGAUGCGUCGGGCAGCUUUGGCGACUAUCCGGGCGCCAUUCAAAGCAAAUACCUGGACGAUGCCUCCGAUGUUACCGAGGAAUCCAUCAAGAGUGAGAGCUUGAUUAGCUUGACGGUUGCUAAGCAACAGUACGCCGAGGUACUGCAGCAAGAAAUGGAGGAUGAAUUCAAUCGGGGACUGCUCAUAUCCAAGCAGCAGUACGAUCAAUUGCGCUAUGAGGAUGAGAAAAUUGUGGCACUACGGAACGCCAAGAACAUACUUGAGCUAUACCAACUGGCUGAGCAGAUCAUUAUGGGCGAUCCGGUACCGGAGGAGCCGGAGGAUAACGAAGAGGAAGCCGUUCCGGAGUAUAUUCCGCCCCCAGAUGAUGACGAUGACGUGGAAUAAGUGUCAGUGUUGUCUCUUCUUUUUUUUUAUAUAUGAUAGUUUCCAACUUUUUCUUUCGAUCCACUCCCGUUACACUCGUUUGGUGGGUUUUUACAUAAGAAAACAAAACGUAAAAAAUUCAUGUUCAAAAUUGUCGAACAAACAAAUUUUUUAACAGUAUCGAAGAAAGGGCAAACCAAACGUUUGAAAAAUUAUAGCUGUAUAAAAAAAGAAGAAAAUAUUUAAAUAAUUGUACAGGGAGCACGGCUGUCAUCCACAAUGAAAUCUUCGUAACAGUCAAAUAUCAGUCUAAAUACCUGUCGAAUAAGUGUCAAUUCAACGAUUUUAAUUAAAGCUAUAACACGUUUAAGAUAACACGAAUAAAGCCCUCAUAUGAAAAAAAUCAA